AUGGGACUCCCCAGUGGGCCUCUCGCGUCCCUCCUCCUCUUCGUCCUCCAGGUUUGCUGGCUGCCGCGCGUGGCCUCUGAGCCGUGCCGCGCGGACUUCGGGGUGGCUGAAGUGACCUUGGACGCGGGAGGCACGGAAUUGGAGCCAGGUCAGGCGCUGGAGAAAGUAUUCAUGGGCUGCCCUGAGCAAGAGUCAACUCUGCUUGGCACUGAUAAUGAUGACUUCACCAUGCUGAAUAGCAGGAUAGUCCAGGUAAAACACUCCUUGCAGGAAAGGAAGCCACUGAGAAUCUUUGCACCCAAACGCAUCUUACGAAGACGCAAGAGAGAAUGGGUGGUCCCGCCAAUAUCUGUCCCUGAGAAUGGCAAGGGUCCCUUCCCCCAGAGGCUGAAUCAGCUCAAAUCUAAUAAGGACAGAGGCACCAAGAUUUUCUACAGCAUCACGGGACCUGGGGCUGACAGCCCCCCUGAGGGUGUCUUCACUAUAGAGAAGGGGACAGGCUGGUUGUUGUUGAAUAAGCCACUGGACCGGGAGAAGAUUGCCAAGUAUGAGCUCUUUGGCCAUGCUGUGUCAGAGAAUGGCGCCUCAGUGGAGGAGCCCAUGAACAUCUCCAUCAUCGUGACUGACCAGAACGACCACAAGCCCAAGUUCACCCAGGAUAUCUUCAGAGGGAGUGUCUUGGAGGGGGUGCUACCAGGUACUUCUGUCAUGCAGGUGACAGCCACAGACGAAGAUGAUGCCAUCAACACCUACAAUGGGGUGGUUGCUUACUCCAUCCAUAGCCAAGAGCCAAAAGACCCACAUGACCUCAUGUUCACUGUCCACCGGAGCACAGGCACCAUCAGUGUCCUCUCCAGUGGCCUGGACCGGGAGAAAGUCCCCGAGUACACACUGACCAUCCAGGCUACAGACAUGGAUGGGGAUGGCUCCACCACCACAGCUGUGGCAGUAGUGGAAAUCCUCGAUGCCAAUGACAAUGCCCCUGUGUUUAACCCCCAGAAGUAUGAAGCCCAUGUGCCCGAGAAUGCAGUGGACCAUGAGGUACAGAGGCUGACAGUGACCGAUCUAGAUGCCCCCAACUCGCUGGCGUGGCAUGCCACCUACCACAUUGUGGGAGGUGAUGACAGAGACCAUUUUGCCAUCACCACCGACCCCGAGAGCAACCAGGGCAUCCUGAUGACCCAGAAGGGCUUGGAUUUUGAGGCCAAAAACCAGCACACUCUGUACGUUGAAGUCAUCAACGAGGCUCCCUUUGUGCUGAAACUUCCAACUUCCACAGCCACUGUAGUGGUCCACGUGGAGGAUGCAAAUGAGGCCCCCAUGUUUGUCCCACCCUCUAAAGUCAUCGAGGUCCAGGAGGGCAUCUCCAUCGGGGAACCCAUUUGUGUCUACACUGCCCAAGACCCUGACAAGGAAAAUCAGAAGAUCAGCUACCACAUCCUGAGAGACCCAGCUGGGUGGCUGGCAAUGGACCCAGAGAGUGGGCAGGUCACUGCUGUAGGCCUCUUAGACCGUGAGGAUGAGCAAUUUGUGAGAAACAACAUCUAUGAAGUCAUGGUGUCGGCCACGGACAAUGGGAGCCCUCCUACCACCGGCACAGGGACCCUCCUGCUGACACUUACCGAUGUCAAUGACCAUGGCCCAGUCCCUGAGCCCCAUCAGAUCACCAUCUGCAACCAAAGCCCUGUGCCCCAAGUGCUGAACAUCACGGACAAGGACCUGUUCCCUAACACCUCCCCUUUCCAGGCCCAGCUCACACAUGACUCGGACAUCCACUGGACAGCAGACAUCAAUGAAAAAGGUGACACAGUGGCCUUGUCCCUGAAGAAGUUCCUGAAACAAGACACAUAUGAUGUGUACCUUUCUCUGUCUGACCAUGGCAACAAGGAGCAGCUGACGGUGAUCAGGGCCACCGUGUGUGACUGCCACGGCCAUGUGGAAACCUGCCCUCAACCCUGGAAGGGAGGUUUCAUCCUCCCAGUCCUGGGGGCUGUCCUGGCUCUGUUGUUCCUCCUGCUGGUGCUCCUCUUGUUGGUGAGAAAGAAACGGAGGGUCAAGGAGCCCCUUCUGCUCCCAGAAGACGAUACCCGUGACAAUGUCUUCUACUAUGGCGAAGAGGGCGGUGGUGAAGAGGACCAGGACUAUGACAUCACCCAGCUCCACCGUGGCCUGGAGGCCAGGCCUGAGGUGGUUCUCCGCAAUGAUGUGGCACCAACCUUCAUCCCCACACCUGUGUACCGUCCUCGGCCAGCCAACCCAGAUGAAAUCGGCAACUUCAUCAUCGAGAACCUGAAGGCAGCCAACACGGACCCCACAGCUCCGCCCUACGACUCCCUACUAGUGUUUGACUACGAAGGCAGUGGCUCCGACGCCACCUCCCUGAGCUCCCUUACCUCUUCGGCCUCUGACCAGGACCAAGAUUACGAUUACCUGAACGAGUGGGGCAGCCGCUUCAAAAAGCUGGCGGACAUGUACGGUGGCGGCGAGGACAACUAGACCUGCCAGCAGGACCGGGAACUGAACUUCUGGCUGCAACAGCAUCUCCAAGGAUCUCAGUUCCCCACAGCCAAGGACUUUGGAGCUUGUCGGGAAGUGGCCUUAAACUUGGAGGGAAUAGGCUGACAUUGGAAGGGUUGGUUUCUCAGCCCUUCAAGAU